UGGCCGACACGCAAGAGCACCACCAGGAGGAGCAGCCCCAGGAGGAGCAAAAGGAGGAGCAACUGCAUUUGGAGGCCGAGGAGAGAGAGGAAGUGGAGAAGGAGAAGGAAAAGGAGGAAAAGGAAAAAGGCGGAGGAGGAAGAGGAGAAAGAGGAAGCGGAGGAAGAGGGCAAGAAGGGGGGCGAGGAGCAGCCCAGGGGAGGUGAGUACCGGUACGAGAUGCCGCAGUGGCAGUGGUCGCACCACUGGCAGCGGCGCGAGCGGCGGCUCUUCCUCGAGCUGUGCGCCCGCGCGCUCGACCGCUGCGAAGACACCGACGGAACUCUCCGCCCGCGCGUGGGAGAUGUGAAGAGGCUGGAGCGCGGGUGGCGGUUCAUCGUGGAGAACCUGGACCAGCACGCCGAGAUCGAGGAGGAGCUGUUCUUCCCCGCCCUCAAGAAGGUGAUCCAGGACGACGAGGGCCAGGCCCUCAUUGACCACCUCCUCUCCGACCACAAGGACCUUGAGGCCAAGCUGCAUAGCAUCAAGAAGGAGAAGCUGGAACCGCUUGAAGGAGAUGACCGCACCAAGGAGGGCCUUCAGGCAUUCACCGACGCCGUGGCGGAGCUGUUGGAGACGUACGGGGAGCACAUCAACGAGGAAGAGGAGAAGGUGGUGCCGUUCGUGCAGCGGUUCAUGUCGGAGAAGGCGCAGAAGGAGGUGGGCCAGGUGAUCAAGAGCCACCACCAGAAGCUCCCCUCGGGCAAGUACGGCCUGCUCAUGUUCCGCGACGUGACCGCCGAGAUCCCCGAGGAGCUCGCCCUCUUCAACGCCACCUUCCCCUGGAUCCUCCGCAAGGUGGUCAUAAUUCCAGUGAUGGCAGCAACAGAUGGGUUGUACAAGGAGUACAAGACCAUCUUCUAUGAGCCCUGGCUGUGA